AUGCGACGCCCCUUUUCAUGUAGCUAGACCCAAAUCUUUGGUUGCUGUUGUGAUCUUUAGCUGCAAAAGAUGGACCAAAAGAUGGACACAGACAGCCUUGAAAUGCGCCUUCAGGCGUUGGAGAGUCGAUUAUACGGCGAGAGGAGAAACAAAAGUGGAAAACCAGUUAAGUGUGCUGAAUCUUUGGCCAGAAUUCAAGCUGGUUUGACCAACACAGCUAACAAGAGAGAGAGAGUAAAGAUCCUCCACAAGAAGAUUGAGGACCUGAUGAAGUACCUGGACCCCCAGUUUACUGACCACAUCACUCUGCCUGAUGCCAUGAAACUAGAGUUCAUCCUUGCAGAGGAAGACUCCUUGCUCUCGGAAGCUGCUUUGUUGGAGCAAGUUAACAGUUUGCAGCCACUGUUGGACAGCACCCACAUUAGAGAUGUACCUGAACAUGCGACAAAGCUGCAGCGUCUUUCACAGAUCCACAUCAAGCAACAGGACCAAACUGAAGCUCAGUCGCUGGAAGUUAAGAAGCUUUUUGAGGAAUACAACAAAAUGAUGUUCCUGCUGUCCAAGCAGUUCACCCAGUGGGAUGAGACCCUGAGGAAGGCGGAGGAGGCCAAAGGAAUCCGACCGGUGGAGUAGUUGCUCUGAACAAAGCCGGACAGAUGACGACAGCGAUGAUGAAGAACCCUGCACUAUGAAAGGAGCUCCUGAACAGACAUGUUACAUUAUGUAGCUUAUUCCAUCCCAGUUAUUCAGAAGGAAAAUACUCAAAAUCAACAUCAUUUCAACACAUUUCUUAGCUUCUUUCUUACCUUUUAGCUCUUAAUCGAUUUACAGGCCAAGAAACCGUUUUUCCUUUAAAACAGCAACAUAGUCAUGUUGCCUAAACACAGUUAGUGACUGUUUAUUACUUCUAAUGCAAAGUUGUGUACUGAUAAAAUAAAACAACUGGUCUGAGGCUUGUUAGGAAUAGUUUAGUCCUUUUAUACAGCCCGCAGCGCUAACAACUUUGAAUGGCUGCUAUUAUGCUUUAUUGACAGUAGUGCUAUUGUAGCUCUUUAUUUUAACUUCAACCAUUUUCCAUCCCUCCAAUCCUUUUGUAAAAAUCACAGAAACACCUUUUUUUCCCCUUGGAUCUCUUAAUAAGUAAAACUUUAAAUAUUGUUUUAUUUUAAAUGUUGGUGUAUAACUUGUCCCAAAGCUUGAAGGUAAUCAUUAAAGUAAUAACUAUUAC